CAAGUCUAUGAAAAAACCCAUACAAGUCUUCAAGUAGUGAUUAACUAUAUGGAUGAAACAGUUUCUUAUCACUUUGCUAAAGUCAAACAAAGACGAGAGAAUCGGCACGAAAUAAUAUAUCAGCUCACUCUACGACAGCAACCAAAGCAAUCACGCAUGUGUGGUGUUGGAGAGAAAGCUGACCGUAGACCGAUCGAUCCUCCACCCAUUGUUCAACUCAAGGUGAUUGACAACUCAUUACCGCUUUCUGAAAAAAAUGCGUAUUUACAAAAUCCUUAUUACUUUAUGUACGCUUCACUCAUGGCAGCUGAUUUGGAUGAGGAACUACACUUGCUACGCGACGGAAAGACAAGGAGUACAACAGGCUCUGUUGUUUCUUCCCUUUACCAUCUUAAAGAUAUCGAUAACACAGAUGCAGGCUUUUUUGUGUUUCCAGAUUUAUCAGUUCGAAUGGAAGGAAGUUAUCGACUCAAACUGAGCUUGUUUGAGAUCAUUGGCAAGGAAGUGUUUCAUUGUCGAUCUAUCAUAUCGGAAAAGUUCUUUGUUUACUCUGCAAAGAAAUUUCCUGGUAUGGAAGAAUCGACAUUUUUAUCGAGAUCGUUUGCGGACCAAGGACUCAAGAUCCGUAUUCGAAAAGAAUUACGCCAAAGAAGAAACAAAACAAAGUUUGAUACAUCAGAACAGAAUGCUCAAAAGAAACAAAAGGUGGCUACAAGAAAAGUGAAUCACCAUUAUAAUAAUGCAUCACCUAUUACACCGAAUGCAUCUCAAAACCCUUUAUAUCCACUUAGAAAUGAUCUACUGCCUAUGCCUACCAGGUAUAUCAAUUAUAGCUCAAAGCCCAUCAAUCCUACUACUAAUACACCACCCAAUCCUACUACUACUACUACUACUACUA